AUGCCUGCCUCUGUCUUCCUUCUAGGUCCCGGCUUCAUUGGCGGAGAGAUCAUAGACCUCCUUCUCAUAACAAAGUAUAAAGUAACCACCCUUGUCCGUCGCGAAUCAGCUGUUGCAGACUACGCCAAUUUAGGGAUCGAAACAGUGGUUGGUGAUCUGGACGAUGAAUCAGUGAUCAAGGACCAGGUUGCAGUUAGUGACAUAGUCAUUCACACCGCAACUGCAGAUCACUUGCCAUCUGUCCAAGCAAUCAUCGAUGGUAUCAGACAGCGAGCGGCGCAAGGGCUGAAAACAAUCUACAUCCACAACAGCGGAGCAACAUUGCUAUCUGAUAACGCCCAGGGGGAGUACAAGAGCGAUACCAUAUUUGACGAUGAACAGCCCGGAGAGAUCGACGUCCUCCCCGAUUCCUCAUCUCAUCGCCAAAUCGACUUGGUCAUCGUCCGGGCAGCCCAAGAACUAGCCUCUCACGCCAAAAUGGCUAUCAUGAUUCCGCCGCUUAUCUACGGCGUGACUACUAGGGAAAACCGCCUGUCGAUCCAAUUGCCGACGCUCAUCCGGUACUCUAUCAAACAUGGCUAUGCGGGUCAGAUCGGGAAGGGUCUCGCCGUUUGGAAUCAGAUUCACGUCAGAGACCUCGCCCGGGGAUAUAUGGUUCUCCUUCACUGGAUGGAGCGUGCGCCUGUCACUGAGAUUGCGCUGAAUCCGUACUUCUUCUGUGAAAACGGCCAAGAGUUGUCCUGGGGUGAAUGCGCUGCUGAGAUUGGCCGCAUAUUGCAGAAGGAAGGGCGUAUUGGUCAAUCUACGCCGAAACCCAUUCCGGAGGAACACUGGGGUGAUUUGUUUGGAGAUUAUUCCGGGACGGUGGUCGGAUCGAAUGCACGAAAUAGGGCCAAUCGACUUCGGAAAUUGGGUUGGGCACCCUUGGAGAAAGACACCUUUGCCUCCUUGGCCGAAGAUGAGAUUCCAAUCAUUGCGAAGGAAACUGGGGAGUUCACAGGUUAUGCGAGUGUCGUUGCAUCGGCAGUUUCCCAAUCGGGCGGCACCUACCUUUCCCCAAAAGUCAACAUCGUGACUUUUGUUCUUCCUUACAUCUUCACACAAAAGGAGUUCACUUCUGCAGUGGUAUCAAAUCUAUGUGCCAUGGCGAUUCUGCAUUAUCUCGAAUUCAUCAUCGGCCGGCUGCUGUAUUCAAUCCGUGGCCAUGAUUUGGCCCAGAUCAUCCAUUGCCCGGCCUUCAAAGACCUUCCCGAGCCUAACAUGACCCUAGAAUCACUUGAUGCCGGCCCCUCAGGCUCAAAGCUACCUCUCUACUGUACUUGCAAAGCCGUUGAUGGCAAGGGCUGUCUUCCUGAGCUACUCUGGACCGCUCCCGACUCUCGUGAGGAAGUCAAGGAGUAUAUACUCCUCUGCGAAGACCUCGAUCCACCGAUCCCAUUCCUCGUCAUCCACCAUGGCCUCCUCUGGGCAAUUCCAUCCUCGGCUACCAAGGCCGAAGCGGCUGAUGUCCACCCCGACGAACACGCCAAGGUCUCACGCCUGACCGUCGCCGGUUGGCGAUUUGUGCCAAACUUGCGCGGAUUGCCAUAUAUCGGUGCUGGUGCGCCCCUCGGUCAUGGAAAACACCGUUACGUCUUCACCAUUAUCGCCCUCAAUGAGUCGCUCAAGUUCAAGGCUCCCGAGAAGGCGACCAAGCAGGAUAUCAAGAACGCCAUGACGGGCAAGGUCAUCGGGUGGGCCCAGUGGACUGGCACCUUUGAAAAGCCCUGGCCCAACUAG